AUGGAACACACCGGAAACUUCGAUUUUUCUCAUUUUCCGGCCACCUUAAACCCUACCGCACAAGAAUUCCGGCCAACAUACCCCAUCAUUCACAACCCUUCACCAUACCAUUCAUACUCUUUUCCUUACAACUUCUACAACCCAUCACCACCACCACCGUUACCACUACCACCUCCACCGCCACCGCCGCCGGUGUAUAUCAGACCAAACCAACCGUCGCUUCCACCGCCACUCCCAUCACCGUCGACGAGCCCAACACGUACUCUCCUACUAAGUUCAGUCCCACCUGACGUGAGCGAGUCAACAAUCCGGCAAGACCUAGAACUGUUCGGAGACGUCAGAGCCGUGCAAAUGGAAAGAAUACGCGAGGGAAUAGUCACCGUACAUUUUUACGAUCUCCGGCAAUCCACGGAUGCGUUACACGUCAUCCAAGACCAACACAUGCAACAACAAUCUCGUCUCAGACAACACUUUGAUGCUUUGACUAUUUUGUCAGUGGAGAAUUCCCUUCCGUACAUUACAAACAGUAGUUUCAGUUCACCACCUGUCCCACCGCCGGCGCCGGGGCUCAUAUCUGGACGUGCCGUCUGGGCUCAGUUCACUUACCCGGUACCCUUUCGUCUUCCCGACGGUUAUAACCAAGGAACAAUCGUUGUUUUCAAUUUGGACUCUAAUGUCAGCCCUGGGACACUUAGAGACGUUUUUAAAGUUUUUGGAAAUGUAAAGGAACUGAGAACGACGCCGUCAAAGAACACGCAAAGGUUUAUCGAGUUUUAUGACACAAGAGAUGCAGCAAAGGCACUUGUUAACAUGAACGGAAAAGAAAUCAACGGCAAGCCUGUGGUUGUCGAGUUCAGCCGUCCGGGCGGUCACAAAAAUUGUCCAAAAUUUAGUAAGUUCACUCAAGUUAGGCCACAGUCUACUGCAUUUGGGGCAAGGAAAUGGCAUCCAGAUUCACGUGUAUAUCGACCGCCACCACCACCACCACCACCACCACCACCACCACCUCCGCCAGUACUGAGUAAGAAGGCCGGAAAUAAGAAACCAAUGGACUUCCAACCACCGAGCGGAAGCGGUGGUGGUGGAGGUUGGAAUAAACAACGGAGAAUUCGACAAACGAGAGAAAAAUAUGAUCCGAGAUUUUUGUUCAAGGAAAAUGGGGCUAUUUCGGAAGCUUGUUGUUCGGACACUAGGACUACUGUUAUGAUUAAAAACAUUCCCAACAAAUACAGUCAGAAGCUGUUGCUGAACAUGCUAGACAGUCACUGCAUUCACUGUAAUGAACAGAUUAACGGCGGCGGCGACGGUGAAAAUGGCGGCCAGCAGCCGGUGUCUGCUUAUGAUUUUGUCUACCUUCCAAUUGAUUUCACAAACAAGUGUAAUGUGGGAUAUGGGUUUGUGAACAUGACGUCACCGGAGGCAACAUGGAGGUUGUACAAGGCGUUUCACCAUCAAAAUUGGGAGGUUUUUAACUCUAAGAAAAUAUGCGAAGUUUCUUAUGCCAGAUUGCAGGGGCUGGAGACAUUGAAAGAGCAUUUCAAGAACUCGAGAUUUCCAUGCGAUGCAGAAGAGUACAUGCCGGUGGUGUUCGCUCCCCCUAGAGACGGCCGAAGACUCACAGACCCUACGCCUAUAGUAGGAAGAAGCGUCACAACGACGUCGUCUGAUCCUGAUGAUGAUGAUGAGUUAUGCUUGACAGAGGAGAGUAGUUCAUGUCAUGAUGAUAGUGUGACAGUUAAUAUAGAAGAAGAUGAAGACAGUAAUUAUGCCGCCUGCAGUAACGGCGGCGGUAGCGGUGAUAGUCUUCAUGAUUUGAUAUGAAACAAAUAAAUAAAUAAAUUCAGUUUAUAAUUAUAUUAAAUUGUACUGUCGUACGUGUUAGUAAUA